UUGAUAAGGUAACAGAAAACAAGAACACAAUGGGUUCAUUUGCAACUGCAAAUUCUCUGUAACAAUGGCUGCUACUUCACCUGCACUCUCAUCUUCCUUUCUCUCAACAACACUCACUGCAAAUCAUUCUCAGAAUAAGCAUUUCUUUCUGCCACAUAAUCCCAACUUGAAAAUUACCAAAAGGGUCUUCAAGAUUCAGGCUGCAAAGCUUCCUGCUGGAGUGGAGUUGCCAAAGGAAGUACCAAAAUUGAGCCGACCCUUUCUUGGUUUUACAAAGACAGCUGAGAUAUGGAACUCUAGAGCUUGUAUGAUUGGUCUUAUUGGGACAUUCAUUGUGGAACUGAUUCUCAACAAGGGAAUUCUUGAAAUGAUCGGUGUAGAAAUUGGAAAAGGCCUUGAUAUUCCUCUCUAAAUGUUUGUAUACAUUUAAUUUCUUCAUGAGCAGGGUCCAAUCCUGUCUACUAUGUACUCAGUAAUGUACAACAGUAAUACAUUCAUAUUUCAAGAAAAUUUUGAAACCUA